AUGAAUCCAUAUAAAAAUAGUAAUGAAUCUAAAAUAUUAUAUCCUCCUAUAUAUACAUUAAAUGCUAAAAAAUCUUAUGAAGAAUCAAAUUCAUUUAAUGUUUUGAAUGCUUCAAUGAAAAAAUAUUUGGACAAAAAUAAAAAAGAUACAAUAAAUGAAGGAGAACAAAAUGGUGAUAUAUUUCAUUUUAAUGUAGAUAAUAAAUUUUUAUGGAAUUUAGAUAAGCCUAUUAACAUUAAUAUGAAUAGUGAAAAAUAUUAUGUGGAGAAUAAUUUAAUAAGAUGUAAUAAUAAGAAUGAUAUAAAUCUCAUAAAUAAUAGAAAUGAUGAAUUGAAUUUGAAUUAUGUACCAUGUAAUUCAUUUAUUAACACACCUAAUAACUGUCUCAAUAAAUAUACGAAUAAUAAUGUUAAUGAAAAAAAGGAUAUUUUAAAAAAUAUGAAGGAACCAUUUUUUUAUUUUUCCAAGGAGAACAAAAUUAAAGAAGAUAAAAAUAUUAUAUCAAAAAGUUAUGUUGUUCAUAACCUAUCGCAUAUUAAUAAUUAUGUGAAUCCUAAUAAUUCUACAACAUUUUGUAAUUAUGACAAUGUGGAAAAUAAAAAAACAAGAGGAAGAUCUUCAAGUUAUGUAAAAAAUAUCGGAAUGUAUGUGCAUAACAAUUUUCAUAGUAAAGAGGAGCAGAAUAAUACUGCUGCGUAUUUUUUAAAGAAAUCAAAUAUAAAAGAUGAUCAUAUGAACAGUACUAAUAUUAAGGUUAUAAGUAAUGAUAAUAAUAUUAAUAAAUAUAAUUAUGAUGAUAAUAUACAAUAUUUAUUUAGGAACAAUUUGCAAAAAAUGUUAUAUGCAAAAAAUAUAAAUAAUAGUAAAAAGAAUGAUAAAAAAAUGUAUAGCUCUAUAAUUUAUAUAAAAAAUCAAGAUACUCAAAAAAAUAAUAAAAAAUGUAACAACAUUCCAGUUAUUGAUCCUACAGAUAUAAAUAUGAAUGAAAAACAAAAUGAUAUAUUAAAAAUUAAUAAAAAGAAUAUAUGUAACGUUGUGGAGAAUAAUAUGACUAAAAAUAUUAUAUAUGAACAAAACAAAACAAGCGAAAUAAAAAAUUGUAAUGUUAAUAGAAUAAUGUGUUUGAAACAUAAUAAUGAAAAGUUAAAAUAUCCAUUCGGAAAAGUAGACCUUAAGAAAAAUGAUCAUGAAAAUUAUUAUAAGAAUUAUGUAAAUGGUAAUUAUAAUGUGAAAUGUAAAUAUCAUUAUAAUAAUAGUAGAAAAAUUCUUUGUAGUAAUAAUAUGCUAAAUGAUCAUCUUGUUAUGAAUAAUAAAAAUUUUCUUGAAGCCAUAAAAACAAAGGGGAAUACACAUUACGAUAUUAAUAAACUAUACAGAUACGAAAGUAAGGAAUAUGAAAAUAAAAAAAUUAGAUUUAGAAGUGAGAACAAGACAACUGAUAAAGUAGAAGAAAGUUAUUUAUUGAAUAAGAAUAGUUUUUCUAAGAAUAUGAUGAAUAAUUAUAAUGGCCUUUAUUCUGAGAAUGGUAAAAUCUGGACAAGUAAGGAAAAUACAAAUACUUUCAAUGGAACAUGUGACAUGAAAUGUAAUAUUUAUAAGAAGAAUGAAGAUGAAUAUAAUAUUAAAAAAGACAUCGGAAUAAUUAUUGCUAAUAAUAAUAACAAUAAUAAUAAUAAUAAGAAUAAUAUAUAUAAUAACAUUUGUGUAAGUAAAAAAUAUACAGAGAAUAGUAAGGGACAUUAUGUAAGAAAUGAUGAACAUAAUUACGUGAAAUAUUAUAACGAUAAUAUAACAAAUAAUAAGAAGAAGGAUCAUUAUAUUGUUACUAAUGUGUUAGAUAAUAAUACAAAGAAUGGAGAAGAUAUAAACAACGUAAAUAUAAAGAAAGGAAUGUUGUUAUCAACUGAUUGUCAUUAUAAGAAUGGUUUAAAAAAAAAAAGUAACAUUAUAUAUAAUAAAGAGAAUAAUAAAUAUGUAUUUUAUAAAGACGACAAAAAUGUUAUAAAGAAUAUUAUGCAUCCUAAUAAUAAAUGGGAUAAUGAAAAUGUAUAUUGUGAUAAAAUAAAAGGUAAUAAAAAUAUGUCACCUGUGGGAAAAAUUUUAAAUUUAUCGAAUAAUACAGAAAAGGAUACAAAAGAAUAUAUAAAUAAUAUGGAUGUAGAAACAAGCAUAAUUCAACAAAAUAACUAUAUAAAUUAUGCAUCAUCUAAAUCUGAUGGUAUAUGUCUUUUAAAUAAAAAAAAUAAUAAUACUAUAAAUCAUGAAAAUGUAACGCAUGUUGCUUCUUCAAUAUUAGAAAAUAAACAAAAUUACAAUUUACAUAACAUAAAAAUGGAUCACAAAAUGAAUGACAUAAUAAGCAUUGAAGAGGAGGAAAAUAAUGAUAAUAGCAACAAGAAUAAUAUAAAUAAUAAUAUAAAUAAUAAUAUAAAUAAUAAUAUAAAUAAUAAUAUAAAUAAUAAUAUAAAUAAUAAUAUAAAUAAUUAUAUUGGUAAUAAUAAUAAUAAUAAUAGUAAUAGUAGUAGUAGUAAUAAUUAUUAUAAUUAUGAUAAACCUAUGAAUGUCAAAAAUGAUAUGGAAACAUAUAAAUUACAAGUUAGAAAAUAUAUUGAUAAUAUAAAGAAUAUAAAUUAUUUAUAUAGCUCCAAAAAAAAAAGAUUUGAAAAUAAUCAAGAAAGAAAUGUUUCUUUAGUUAUUAAAAGUGAACCUCUUUUCUUGAAAACUAUUAAAACUAAUGAUAGAAAUAUAGAUUUUAUGAAGAAUAUAAAAAAGAAUGACAACAAUAAUAAAUGUGUAGACAAAGAUAAUUUAAAUUAUACAUUUUGUAAUAAAAAUAAAAAAAUAGGAACAUCACCAGUUAUUAUUAGUAAUAUUGGGAAUAAUUAUAAUUUCAAGAAUGAUCGAGACAAGAACGGAAAUGAGGAGAGUCAAACACAUUUUGAUAUAGUUUAUUUAAAUAAAUUAAAUAUGAAUGCUAAAGAGGAAAAAAAGAAAAGGAAAAAAGAAAUUGGAAAAAAAAUAAAAAAAAUGAAACAUACCAUCAAAUUAUUGAAAAAAAAAAAUAAGAAAAAUAAUUUACUAUUAAAUAAAAUUGGAAAAAAAAAUAUAGAUGAAGUUUUCAUAGUAGAUGAAAUAUGUGAUAAUAAUAAAGAAAUUGAAAAAGGAGAAGAUAAAAAUAAUUAUGAUAUUGAGAGUAUGAAUGAAAAUAUAAAAUAUAAUGAUUAUAAAAGUAAUGUAUCUAAUAUUGAUAGUCUUAUUAUAAAAACAAUGUCUAAUACAAUAAUAGAAAAGCCUCUGUGCGAUAAUCAUCAAAAGGAGGAUGAUGUUUUUUAUAAGGGAAAAAUUAUUUGUCCAAAUGAAAUCUAUGAUAAGAUAGACAAUAAUAUGGAAAAAAAAAAAAGUUAUGGUAAUAAUGAUUUUAUGAGUAAUAAGAAAGAAAUAAUUUCUGAAAAGGACAAAGAAAAAAUAAAUCAUAAUAUUUUACAUGAUAAUAAUGAUAAUGAUAAUAAUUACAAUAAUUACAAUAAUUAUAAUAAUAAUAAUAAUAGUGAUUUUUCUAAAAGUUAUAAUAUUAAAGAUAUUCAUUGUAGUUAUGAAGAAAAAAAAUUAAAUACAGAAAAUAAUUGGACAGUCAAUACAACAAGGGAUGAUAAUUUCAAAUUCCCACAUGAUCAUAAUAAUAAAGAAGGUGGUUAUAUACAAUUUAAUAAAGAAAAAGUAAUUAAGAAUACAUAUGUAGAUAAUAAUAUUGAAAAUUCAUUUUUAAGAACUAAUAAUAUAUCAAAUGAUAUUUCACUUCCAUGGAAUAAAGAUAAAAUGGUGAAAUUGUUUUUAAAUAAUAAAAGUAAAGAAUCAAAUAAAGAAAAAAAAAGUGAUGUUAUAACAAUAAAUACGAAAUUAUCUAGAUAUGAAAGAGUGUUAAUACAUACUUGUAUAUAUAAAUUAAAUUGGAAGAAAUAUAUUGAUAAUAUAAAUAAAGGUAUGUUUUAUUGGAUUGGUUAUAAUAUUAACGAUUUUGAUCAUUAUAAUUAUAUGAAAAAGAAAAAAAUUAUUAAUAGAAUACCAUCAAUAUAUAUGUAUACGAAGAAAAAAACAUUAACUUUUUUAUUAUCUCACUUGUCCUUAAUAUUUCCUUCCUUAUUUAAUUUCUAUCCAAAUACAUUUGUGUUACCAGAAAAUAAAAAUAUAAUAAAAUAUAUAUUGAAUAGUAAUAAUAAAGAAUAUUAUAUAAUGAAGCCCGAUUGCGGUAGUAUGGGUAUAGGUGUAAAGAUAAUAAACAAAUAUAAUGAUAUCAAUAUUAAUAUAUUGAAUGGAUAUAAUAGUUAUAUAAUUCAAAAGUAUAUUGAUAACCCAUUAUUAAUGUAUAAAAAGAAGUUUGAUUUUAGGAUAUAUAUUUUAUUAUUACCAGGAAAAAAUUAUCCUAAAAUAUAUUUAUCUAAAGUUGGUUUUGCUCGUUUAUGUACAGAAGAAUAUAAAAAAAAGAAACGAUAUAUUUGUAAUACAUAUAUUCAUUUAACUAAUUAUAGUAUAAAUAAAGAUAAUGAUAAAUAUAUAAGGAAAAAGAAUAUACAUGACAAAAAUAAUAAUAAACAAUUAUUAAGUGAUGUUUUCAUUUAUUUAAAAAAAAAUGGAUAUGAUAUAGAUGAUAUAUGGAAACAAAUAAAGAAAAUUACGUGUCUAACAUCUUUAGCUAUUUAUUCUUAUAUAAAAGAAAAAAUUAAAUAUAAUUUCCAUAAUAAUUUUUAUUUCUAUCAAUUAAUAGGUUUAGAUAUAUUAUUAGAUAAUAAUGGAAAAGCAUGGUUGCUCGAGGUAAAUUCUAAUCCUUCUUUAAGGAUAGAUUAUAUUGAUCCAAAUUAUGCUAAUUUUGAAAUACAACUAGAAAGUAUGUUUGAUAGAUAUGUUAAAGAGCCUGUCAUAAGUGAAAUGUUUUUAAUAGUAUAUGAGAAAAUAUAUAAAAAAUAUAUAAAGAAAAAAAAUAAAAAGUCUAACAAUGUUAUGGUUCAAAAAGGUAAAUAUGAAAAAUGUACGAAAAAAAAUGAUAUUUGUUUUGAUAAUAAAAAGAGGAUAUCAUCAAAAGGUCACCUCAAUAAUAUUAGUAAUAAUAAUAAUAAUAAUAAUAAUAGGAACCCUAAUGGCAGUGUUAGGAGUUUAUCAAAUUUUAGGGGUAAUAGAAAAAAUCCAAAAGGGAAAUUAUCUACAAAUGGGAAAUUAUCUACAAAUGGGAAAUUAUCUACAAAUGGGAAAUUAUCUACAAAUGGGAAAUUAUCUACAAAAGAGAAAUUAUCUACAAAAGAGAAAUUAUCUACAAAAGAGAAAUUAUCUACAAAUGGGAAAUUAUCUAUAAAAGGAAAAGAACAUACAAAUAAAAUUAAUCCUUUUAAGGAAUUUUCACUUUAUUCAGAGGAUAGAUAUUGUAUAGAUAAAAAAAACAAUACUGAUUUACUUACAAAUGAAAAAAUAAAAAAUGUUUCAAAUGGAAAUGAAGGUAUGGGUAGUAAAUUAAGUGUAAGAAAUAAUACAGAAUCAAAUAUAUCUAGUAUGUGUAAUGUAUCAAGUAGAAGUAGUAUAUCUAGUGUAACUAAUACAACAAAUAUAUCAUACAUAUCUAAAAAUCAAAAUAGAGUAGGAAAUAUAUUUAAUUAUACAAAAAUAAAUCCAUCUUCUGAUAGUGAAAAAAGUUCAAUAUAUAAUUUCAGUAAAAACCUUUCCCCAAAUAAUUAUUUGAAUAAUAUUAGAAUGAAAAAUAUGCUAAAGAAAAAGAGUAAGGUAAAAAAGAAUUUAUUUCUCAAAAAAGAAUAUAUGAGUAAUGUUGAUACAUGUGUUGAUGAAAAUGACAUUGGAAGUUUUACCUUGUCAAAUAAUAUAAAUAAACGUGAACAAAUCAGUAAUGAUUCUUUAAAUGAGAAGAAUGAAAUUAAUGGUAUUCAUAAGUUAAAAGAAGUUAAUUCUAAUAAAUUAUCUAAUAAAAAUUUAAAUAAUAAUAAAUAUGAAGACAAUAUACAAAAUGUGGUUCACGAUCAUUUGGAUGAUACUAUAUUUGAUGAUAAAAAAAUAAAAAAUAAUUUUUUUCAAAAAAUUCUUUUUGAUGAUAUGGUUUGUAGUAAAAAAAAAAAUAUUGAUAUAAAUAAAUAUAAUAAAGAAUCAAAUUUUGUAAAAAUCAAAAGAAAUGAUAUUAAUGAUGAGUAUUCAUAUGAAUAUAAAGAAAAUAUAGAGAAGCAUCAUGAUAUAUUAGAUUGUUUUGAUCAUAAAAGUGGUGUUAGUUAUUCAGGAGAACAGAUGUUUGAUAAUUAUUCUGAUAUUGAAAAAGGUUCAAGUCAUAUAGAUGAUAAAAAAAUUGAUAAUAUACCAAGUAAUGAAUAUAAUAAUGAUAUAUAUAAUUAUAAUAAAGACAAUGAUAUGGAUGAUGAAGGAGAAUUAUUCCAAUCGAAUAUUUUAAAUAAGGAAACAUAUGUCCAAAUAGAUAACCAUGAGGAUAUACAAUUAGAAAAAUUUUUAACUAAUGACAUAGAAACUUAUAAAUCUUUAUAUAGAAAUAUUAGUGAUAAUAUUUUUAAAAAGAAAAUUGAAAAUUUAAUUAUGAUAAGAUCUAAUUUAUAUAAAUAUAUGAAUUGCUUAAAUGUACUUGGAAUUAGAUAUAUAAAUAAUAAUAAUAAUAAUAACAGUAACGAUAUAAAAAAUAUAGAUGAUUUAUAUAAUAAGAAUAUUUCAUUAGAUUUUAAGAAAUCUUAUACUAAAAUAAGGAAAGAUAUAUUACAUCCUUUAAAAAAUGAUGUGCUAGAAAAAAAUAUAUAUAUAAAUUUAAAAAAAGAAACAAAAAAAUAUUAUAACGAAAUGAAGAUAUAUAACAAUUGUUAUAUUUUGUUUGAUUUUAUUUUAAAUAAAUAUGAUAACAAUUUAAAGAAAAAUAAGAAAAAGUUGGAAUAUUAUAUGGACAAAAAUACAUUUUUAUGUAUGUGUACAGAUAUUAAAAUAAAUAAUAUAAUUGAUAAUGUCUAUAUACCAAAUAAUAGUACAUACAAUACAUGCUUUGAUAUAAAUAAAGGUUCAAAUGAGAAUCAAAUAUUCCAAAUUGUCAAAGAUCUAUUAUAUAAUCAAUAUUUAGAUAGGAACAAAAAAAAUAAAGUGCAUAAGGUGGAGAGAAGUAGUUUUGAAUGUUCUGUGAAUAAAAAUGUUCAAUUAGGGAAUAGUAGUGAUAUAACUAAUGGAAGUAUAUAUGAUCAUAAAUUUUAUGGUGUUAAAAAUACACAAGGCUCGAAAAAAACAGAACAACGAUCUUUUUAUGGUGAAUAUAGUGAUAUAUCUUCAAGAAGUGGGGAAAUUUUAAGACGAAAUGAAAAAUGUAAUAGUUCGGAAAAAAUGGAAGAUAUGUUAACCACCCAAAUGAAUAUUCAGAAGGAUGAUAGUAUUAUUAAGGAUGAUAGUAUUAUUAAGGAUGAUAGUAUUAUUAAGGAUGAUAGUAUUAAUAAGGAUGAUAAUAUUAAUAAGGAUAAUAUUAAUAAUAAUAAUAAUAAUAAUAAUAAUAAUAAUGAUAAUAAAUUUCUUACCUCCAAUUUUAUUAAUUAUAACUGUGUUACAUUUUGCCCAUUCACAUUAAUUCCCAAUUGUAACAAUGUUGUAAACUUUAAUACAAUUGGAUUAAGUAGCACUAAAUAUAAAAGUAAAAGGAAAAAAAAAAUGAAUAUUUACGAUUUAGAAUAUUUAUUUAAUAGACAAGUAUUUUUCAGUAAAUAUAUAAACAAAAAUCAAGGGUUAACACUUAUUGAUUUUUUUUUAUUAAUGCAAGAAAUAUCUUUAUUAAUAUUCCCAUAUAUUAGUCAUCUAUGUAUAUAUAAUACUAUAUAUCCUUAUAGAAAGGACUUUUUUGAUAAAUUAAAUGAUCAAGAAAAUAAUAUUUUUUCUAAUAUAUAUUGUGAUAAGGGAAAUAUUAAAAAUGAUAAAAAGAAAAAAAAUAUUUGCGUUUACAAUAAAAAAGUUCAGGAAGGACAAUGUAUGAAUGAAUCUAACUUAACAUCAGAGAAGAUAAAGAAAAAAAAAAAAAAAGGAGAUCACACAUGUGAAUAUGAUAUGUCUGUAAAUAAUAAAUUUCAUGUUCAUAAAAAUAUAAGUCAUAACAAGGAUGAUUUUUUAUGGCAUAAAAAUAUUUGUAGUAAUAUUUAUAAUUUAUAUGAAUAUAUUCAAAUGUGUAUUAAUCCGAAUGUGAAGAAUAUAUGUUUGGAGACUUUCUUAAUAUUUAUUUUUAAUAAAUAUGGUUUAACAUGUAAUUUAUAA